CAAUCCUCACUUGCACAUGCACCGUUUUGCUGCUCCCCAAUAGAAUCAUGUGAGGAUUCAAAGGAAGUAAAACGAAAAGAAAACGGUCAUCGACCCAAAUUUUUGUGUCACACAAGGCCUGCCAGCCGUGAACUCGUCGCUUUUCUUGCUUUCAUUCCGGCUCUCCGACGGAGGGUCUUACCAAUGCUGACGAAGAUCUUUAAAAGAGCGAGCAACAACUGCAUUACUUCCAACUUUCUUUCCAGUCACAUAGCCCGUACCGCAGACACUCUUUCAAAGCCUUCAUUUCCUUCUCGUCCCUUUGAAAGGAAAAGACGUGCGUCCAUCUAAAGGCGCCAUGGCUUCGACGGCCCGCAACCUUUUUCAGAACCUGCCUCCCCCAGCCGAGUGUCUCGCCCUCCUCAUCGGCACAGCAGAACUCACCGUCUUCGGUCUCGGCGGCUUCGCCAACCCAGCCCAGUUCGCGACCGGCUUCGGCAUCCCACUUCUUCCCGCCUCUGCGACGCAAAAACAUCCCGGCGCGAUCGAGUCGAGCCCGGAGGAGAUCCGGCAGGCCAAGAAGGUCGAGGAUACGCAGAAGGCGCUCAUAACCGCGAUAGCGGCGCGCAACGUCCAGAACGGACUGCUUAUCCUGACGUUUGGCGCGUGGUAUAGGGAUAGGAAGGCGCUUGGUAUACUUACAGCAUUCGGAUUGGUUACGACGGCGACGGACUACUUCGUCGUAAAGUCGUACGGCGUAAGGGAAGCUGCUAGUGGUCACCUCAUAGGUGUGCUCAACUGCCUACUGAUCGGUAGUUCGCUUCUGUUCUGGGGUCGUGAAGACCCUUGGUGGUAAGGGAAAGAAAAGGGCGCAGCAUUCUGAAGAAAAUGGACGGUACAGUUCGUGUAUGUAGGCUCCCUUGAUGAAUGUUCACUCAUGAGCGCUUGGACAUGCAUCAUCUUAGGCUGAACUCUGUAAAUAUCCUUCAGUCGCCUCUAAGUAGGCGGUUUGGUCCUCAAACAGGAGCUUCGCUAGCUCCAAUCCGCACGGCAAGUGGACUGUCUUGAUUCAUUUUGGCCCAGUCGACGUAGACAAAGGACCACGCUCA